CCUGGAGAUAUUUUUUAUACUAGCAGCCAUGUGUAUGUUAUGUGCCGUUCCGUCUCGCGCUAACUGGGCAAUGGGUAAGGAGCUAUCCAGCCGGGCCAUGAACUUCAGUUUGACGCCGUUUCCGGAAGACGGCGCCGAACCUAUGGUGGACGGGACAUGUUUAUCGUGGGAAGACAUUACCCGGCUGGCGCUCCUCAUCCUGCUGUUGACGGUGCUGGUGGGACUGCGCGUCUACCAACUGCUGAUGGAGCUUAAACGGUUGGAGCUCACCGUCCGAUCAAACGGGGACUGGCUUAGCGGACGACCAGCAGUCUCUAACAACGCCAUGCCCUUCAAAGCUCCUGGACACCCGGGCAAGUGAAGGCCGAAAGGGACUCGCUGG